AUGACUGCCAAGAAAAAGCUAGUUCAGGAGUCAGCUCAGGAUGCUAACAAAGAGAACAAAUCGCCCAGUGCUAUUCUGGAAAGUCAAGAUGCUAGUUUGGUGGUGUUGAGACAAAACAACAAUACUGUUGAAAGACGUAUUGAUGAAAUGAGUUCUGAUAUUGAAAGCUUCUUAUGUAAUUAUUUGCAAACGACCCAUUUCUCUAUACAACUGGACGAGUCAACUUUACUUGAUAAUGCAGCAUUAUUAUUGGCAUAUGUUCGUUUUAUUAUGAAUCAAGAAAUCUACGAAGAACUGCUCUUCGCAAGAACUUUGAUAACCGACACUGAAGAUUUUGAAUCUAGGUUUGAGGAUAUUUUGACUAUGGUGAUACCGCCGUGGAUAGUUAAUCCAUAUGGUGACAUAGAAGAAACGAAUGUCAUAAUACAAGAGGAACUGACUGAACUAAGUACAAACGAAGAACUUAAGGUUCAGUUUAAAAACCGAUAUCAGCAAUUCUGGCUGCAAAACAACAUACCCGUUACUUAUCCCAUAUUAUGGAAUAUAGCGAGGAAAUUUUUAAUUUCCUUUCCAUCGUCAUACCUAGUGGAAAGGGAGUUCAGCGCUGUUACCUAUCUCCUAACGAAAAAAAGAAACAGACUGGACAUCAUUACCCGAGGAGAUUUAAGAUUAACCCUUACAAAAUUGACGCCAAAUGUGAAAAUUUAUUAUUAA